AUGUUCCCUACCACCGCCCUCAUUUCGCUAUCCUUCCUCGCCAUCGCCUUCGGGCAGCAAGUCGGCAAGCUCACCACAGAGUCGCACCCGGCGCUGACCGUGCAGGAGUGCUCGGCUGGCGGCUCGUGCACCACCCUCCGGCGGUCGAUCACGCUCGACUCGAACUGGCGCUGGCUCCACGAUAUCGACAGCAGCACGAACUGCUACACCGGCAACGAGUGGGACACGGCGCUCUGUCCAGACGGCACGACGUGCGUGGCCAACUGCGCGCUCGAUGGCGCCGACUACUCCGGCACGUACGGGAUCACCGCGGGCUCGAACUCGCUCACGCUCAAGUUCGUGACCCACGGCCCGUACUCGACCAACAUCGGCUCACGCGUGUACCUGCUCGACGGGGACGACUCGACGUACCAGCUGUUCAAGCUGAAGAGCCAGGAGUUCACGUUCGACGUCGACAUGUCGAACCUCCCGUGCGGCCUCAACGGCGGGCUCUACUUCGUCGAGAUGGACAAGGACGGCGGGCUCUCGCGCUUCUCUGGGAACAAGGCCGGGGCCGCGUACGGCACCGGCUACUGCGACACGCAAUGCCCGCACGACAUCAGGUUCAUCAACGGCGAGGCCAACGUCGAGGGCUGGGUCCCGUCGGACAACGACUCGAACGCGGGCGCGGGCACGUACGGCGCGUGCUGCAACGAGAUGGACAUCUGGGAGGCCAACUCGCAGGCCGCGGCGCUCACGCCGCACGUGUGCACGGUCUCGGAGCAGACGCGGUGCUCGGGCACGGCGUGCGGCGACGGCGACCAGCGCCACGAAGGCGUGUGCGACAAGGACGGCUGCGACUUCAACUCGUGGCGGAUGGGCGACCAGACGUUCCUCGGGCCCGGGCUCGCGGUCGACACCCGCUCCAAGUUCACGGUCGUGACGCAGUUCGUCACCGCGGACAACACGACGAGCGGGGCAUUGACGGAGAUCCGCCGGCUGUACGUCCAGGACGGGGCGUACGACUCGAUCACGGACGACUUCUGCGUCGCGCAGAAGACCACGUUCCGGGACACGAACACGUUCUCGCAGAUGGGCGGGCUCAAGACGAUGGGCGACGCGUUCGCGGACGGGAUGGUGCUCGUGAUGAGCAUCUGGGACGACCACGCCGCGCACAUGCUCUGGCUUGACAGCGACUACCCCACGGACGCGGAUCCGAGCACGCCGGGGGUCUCGCGCGGGCCGUGUGCGACGACGUCGGGCGUUCCGACCGGCGUCGAGGCCAACAGCCCUGGCGCGAGCGUGACGUUCUCCAACAUCAAGUUUGGCCCCAUUGGCUCGACCUUUGCAUCCUAG